AUGCACGCUCCACAGAGGCCGGCAUGGAAGAUUCUUUGUGUGGUUUUGAUCAGCACAGCAGGAGAAGACGUUCCCUGUCCAAAAGGUGGACAGAUCCACCUGCCGAGCCUGCGAUGCUUCUGGCUCUCUAGAAAUGCGUCCACUUGGUCCGAAGCUUCGGAUUCUUGUCAGCAGACUCAUGGCGGAGACGUGGCAGCUGCGGACACUUUGGAAGUGCAGGACUUCCUCCAGCACUCCUUCGCUGUGGAGAGCACGGUGUGGGUUUGGCUGAAGGGAGCAAGCGCAGGAGGACCAAACCUUGGUGGGCUUGUGGAGUCCGCAAGAGAUGGAGACGUCAGUGAGAAACUCAGAGAAUGUCCUCAGAUGGCACUGGGAAGAGCUGGAGAAUGGAGGACAAUCCCUUGUAGUCAACAGCAUCACUUUUUAUGUGAAAACCGAUUGGAUGAAUAUUUACCAGACCUGGACAGUUACCUUGUCGGAGUGGUUCUGAUGACUGGCAUCUACCAUCAGUUCCAGAUUGACCCUCUCCUUACUCUUCCAGACAGUGAGCAAUUUGUAGUGGAGAUGCAGUUGUUUCCAGGUCUGUGGUUCAGCCAUGCAGGUCAACUUACAUCUCUGGAACUUGUGGUCCAGCCCUGCCCGAUUGCCUCCCUGGCUCGCGUCCAAAUCCUUCGACCCUAUUGCAGCCCCAACCAACACCUCAUACCUCCAGGUUGCCGCUCGCUCCUGAAUCCGUUCAGCUGCUGCUCAGUGGCUCCGCUGUGCAACACAACAGGAGGUUGCAGUGUGGGCCAAUACUGGUGUCACAUCCUAGAAGCUUGUCUCCCCAACAGCAGUCCAUGUAGUCCCUUCAUCUCAGCAGCAGGGGUCCGACGCUUUGCGUUACCACCCAGAUACACAUCGAGUCCUCCCUUUUACCACUUGGUAGCAGACUUACCUUUGAGAAUAAGACCCUUGGCAGACCUGGAAAGUUUAAACGUGCUUUUUCCAAAGGAAGCCAUCAUGGUGUUCCCCGAUGAUAUUGUCGCCAUACAACACACUCGUAAACCUGGGACUUUCCUGCAUUGCCUUUCCAACGAGGCCUCCUUGAAUUCACCAUGGCGACAAAGUUACCUGUCUCUGCAGGGGACGGAGUGGGGGGGCUGGUGGGAGGGAGGUCUUACUUCUAUGCCUGAAGGCGGCCACUGGGUGGAUGGCGUUGUGUGCAAUGUAAGACUGCUGUACGCAGACACACUUCACGGUACCGAGGAGAUGUUUGGCCAGGCCGAAACAACCACCUCCUCUCACAUGGAGGCCCUGACGUCGAGUGUGAGCUCUAGAUUUGAGCUGAGCAUCAUCCACCCUCCUUUGGAUGAAAAUAAUCGCAUCCACCUUCAAAUUAACACCCCAACUGUCGUUGUUGUCAAAGUUCUAAGGGGAGAAAACGCCAGGUGCUCAUGGUCCGGCCCUGUGCUCCAAACCGGAGUCCGCUUCAGUCCGUCUUGCACCGAAGCCCUGCCGGAAUGUAAGGGCCAAUCUGGGGAUGCAUGGUUCUCCUCCGUGACGCUGGUCCUACCCACGGCGGGGGUUCAGACGCUGAACAUCCGUGUGACGGAUGACGUUGGUUCUCAGAGUUUAAAUGUGACAAUCUGUGGCUAUGAAGGAGUGUCGGGGCUCAGCGUGGAGCCAAGCGAGCACCAGAGGAUGCUUGUGGACAUCCCUCAGUCUUUUUCAGCCAAAGUAGAGAGCGGCUCAUCAGUUACAUUCUCCUGGGUGAUCGACAACCUGGAGACGUUUGCGUAUGAAGGAGAAUCUUACAGUGUGGUCUUCAAGAAAGCGGCUGAGUACAAACUCAAGAGCAAACAACUGCUCCUGAUCGCAGAUGAAAUGACCCCAAUGGGUGAGCCAGAGUUCCUAUUUGCCAGGCAGGUUGUAGCUGUGGGCGAUACACAGCUCUACACUCUCAGGGUGAAAGUGGACAUCGCUUUGUCAGCCACCUUCAGAUGGGAUUUUGGAGAUGGUAGCAGCAGUGUUAUCCAUACCGAGCCUGCUCCAUGUGAGACACUGGAGGGACUCGUGGACCGAAGGGAGAAGCAAGUGUACGUGCAGCACUCUGUGAACUUUACCUAUUUUACGCAAGGUGACUACUCUCUUCAAGUGGAGGUCUCUAACAAAUACGAAAAACUGCAAAAGUCUACCAAGAUAUGCAUCCGUCCCUUGUUAAAACAGCUGUUCCUUGACUCCGCCCCUCUGGUGCCGAUUGUGGAACAGACUUUGCGCUUGGAAGCUACCACUGAUCCGAACUCCAACAACAUCGUCCUCACAUGGGAUUUUGGUGACGAGUCCAAAGCUGUCCAAGGCACCGAUCGCAAAGUUGAACAUGUCUUUACAUCUGCUGGGGUUUACAACAUCACUUUGUGUGCCAACAACUCUCUUUCUGUGCUACACACCUGGCUCGUGGUGGAAGUUAUGGAGGAAAUAUCCAGGCUAAGUGUCAGCUACGACGGACCGAGCGAGUUGGGCUCUGUUACAAAAAUAAGGGCAAAAGUCGCAACUGGUACGGCACUUAUUUGGGAUUUUGACUUUGGCGAUGGGUCGAAGCUGGGAAACUUGACAAAUGGUACAGUUUAUCACGAAUAUGAUUUUCCUGGAAAUUAUACAGUGGGGGUAACUGUUUCUAAUUCUGUCAGCCAUGGUCAGCAGUUUAUCAGCGUGGCUGUAUACGAAUUGGCUGUAGUUGGAAUGCUGCCUGCCGAGUGUAUCACUACUGGUAGGAGCACAGAGUUUACUGCUUUGGUCAGUGGAAAGGUAUCCAUGCUGGCUUUUCAUUGGCUAUUUGGUGAAGAAUUGCCUGGAGUCGUUAUGGAAGGGCGAUUCACAGCAACACACACCUUUUCUAGCCCAGGAGCCUACAGUGUUAACUUAACGGUGCAUAGCUCUAAUAGCACCGUGUCAUACAAUAGCACUGUCUGUGUGGAAACACCAGUAUCUCGCAUGUCGCUGCAGUCAUCUUGUCAUAUAGCAGCUGUUGGAGAUAACGUAUGCUUUAGUGUGUUGUUUUCUGCAGAAGACUGUAAGGGUUGUCAGUUUGAGUGGUUCAGCAGCUCUUCCAGUCAAGCCGUGGUGACAGAAACUGCCCAGAAGUGUUUUACUUUCACAGAUGAAGGAGUUCAAGAGGUAUAUGUCACUGUGAGUAAUAAAGUGAGCAGCCAAACGGCCAAUACGAGCGUCACCGUUCAGACACCUGUCAGUAAUUUCUCUGUGGUGCGAGGUAGUGAGACGGUGACUGUCAAUACAUCAGCCUCAUUUUGGGUGGCCAGUUGUUCUGGCAGUAAUGUGUCAGUGCAAUGGGAUUUUGGUGAUGGUUUUCAAGCAGAACAGACGCAACAUGUUUUACAUGUGUUUACGGCAACGGGUGAUUACACUGUGAAUGCCACUGCCUUUAAUGCAAUAAGCCAGGAAUCUGUGACACUAAAAGUAACUGUGUUGCAUCCGGUUUCAGAGUUUAGCCUUCAAACCAACCAGCCUUACGGUGUGGUUGGGGAAGAGAUGCAUAUUAGAGCAGUUAACAGUGACAAUAGCAGCACUACCUACUCUUGGACAGUGGAUGGCUUAACGACACCCCAGCAAGGAACCUCUGAAUUUAAAUGCAUUUUCCCCAAAGCUGCAGUAUAUAAAGUACGAGCAAUAUCACAAAAUAUGGUAAGCAGACAGGAGGCAACCAUUUCAGUUGAAGUCUUUGAGAGAAUAGAAGGCCUAAGCUUUGAUUGUCCAAAAUUAACAAACAUGACAUACUUACCAACUCGAGAGGAAGUGAUGUUUGUUGCUACAGUCACACGAGGCUCCGACGUUAAAUAUCAGUGGCUUGCUGCACAAAGUGAAAGGAAGCUUCAAAUGGCAGCAGGAGAACGUUUAAACUUGUUCGUUGAAAGUCCUGGAAUGCUAUCAAUUCAGUUAAAUGCCUCUAACAAUUUGGGCAAAACCACCAGCAUGGCUUCUGUUGUGGCUGUAGAACGUGUAAGAAGUGCACACAUAACCACACAGUCACAUAUCGUAGCAGUGGGGAAGUUGAUGAAUAUUUCCGUAUCCGUCCUCACUGGUUCGGACCUCAAGUAUUUUUGGUUUGUAGACCCCGAUCUUCCAUCCAUUGAGACACACACUUCCUAUGUUCUUCACAGGUUUUCAAGCCUCGGAGAUAGUUUUGUCCAAGUUGUAGUUCAGAAUUCCCUCAGUCAGAGUAAUGACAGCAAGACUUUUAUUGUACAAGAGGAGGUAGAAGAGGUGGACUUUAGAAUAGAUGACAAGAUGUUUCCGUUUUAUAUAAGCACAGAUGCUGUUGUGUCAUUUCAGGGUGUUGCCCACAAAGGUAGUGAUCUGGAAUGGUUUUGGAAAAUAAGGGAUGUCAUGACUGACAUUUUUGACAGGACAAACAGAACUUUUAUCUACAUUUUUCCCUGUGAAGGUAUUUACAAGGUGUCUUUAAAUGUCUCCAAUGCAUUAAAUUGGCAGGAAGUUUCACAAGAUGUGUUUGUCCAGGAUAAAAUUGAAGGUCUCAUUUUGAACAUUAGCAAACACAUUCUCUGCACAGGUGAAGACGUUACCUUUAGGUCAAACAUCAGCAAAGGAAGUAAUGUAAGCUAUGGUUUAACAUUUGAAAGUAAAAACUGGAUGCAGAGUCAGGAUGUGGUUGAGGGAAUGUUUAUGACAUCAAGCCUUCCAACAGGGACACAUUUUGUUAAACUUGAAGCUUGGAAUCAGGUCAGUCGUGCGGAGGUGUCAAACCAAGUUCAGAUCAUUGAGAAUAUCCAAACUUUGCAACUUUUAAGUCCUUCCCAGCAAGCCAUAGAGGCUCUGAAAAAGAGACGUUUUGUGGUGGAUGAGCAAAGUGGGUUUCCAGUUAAUUAUACUUGGAUAUUUAACAUAUAUGGUACUAAAAUGGUGCUCACUGGAAAAGAAGCUGACUUUACGCCACCGUUAGGUGGUCUGUUAUCAGUCACUGUGGUCGCAAGCAAUGGCGUCUGCUCCAAGAUGCUAAACAAGACUCUGACAGUUGAAUGGCCUGUUCAGGAGAUUCAGGUUGUUUGUCACUCUGAUCGGAUAUUUACUGGACAUGUUGUGACAUUUUCGGCGAAAGUAAAUGGAGGGACCAACCUCCGGUACUUCUGGGAAUUUGGAGACUAUGUUGAAGAUUUGCAUUUUGGUACAGUCAAUCAUACGUUUGGCAAGGCUGGGUUAUACAUUGUUACAGUCAACAUCUCCAAUAGUGUGAGCCACGUGUCCAAACAACUACCCAUAAAGGUGGAGGUGUUGACGUGUUCUAGUCCUCAAGUAUCUCUCAUCCAGAAACAGACAUCUAUCUUCAAAUCUAGAAUGGCUUUAUUUGAAGCCAAUGUGGACAUGAACUGCUCCGACUACAAAGCUACAUACCAAUGGGCGAUGUUCAGACUAUCAGACAGUCCAAAUGGAAAUAUCACCAGAAACCUUCUCAAUAGAACAACUUCACCUUUGCUCUUUCUUCCAAAGCAUUCUCUCGAUGUUGGGAAGUAUUGCCUUCUAUUCACAGUUUCACUCCAAGGAACUCCUCUUCUCGUGCAACAAAGCACCACAGUCACAAUACUUCACUCCCCGUUGGUGGCUGUCAUCAAGGGAGGUUCACAUCGACUCUGGCCGAGCCUCAGUGAUCUUUUCCUGGAUGGAAGUGGGUCUCACGAUCCUGAUGCUGAUCCAGGAAGAGAGGACACACUCCAAUACCGCUGGACUUACUACACAGAGGUAAAAGUGAGUGAAAUAGCACUGCUUCCUGUGUUUGUGGAGUGUAUUUCCUGUUCUAUGCACACCCCCAUCCGACUAUCUGGAUAUUGUGCAGGAUGUGAGGACCAAGUUCAGUAUGAAUGGAGCGCUGAGGACGAGACGGGCUCGAUCCUUGACCUCGACAAGGUUGCCACAUUCACAGGAAAACACUCCUCUAAGCUGGUACUCCGUUCAGACGUUGUACUACCAGGGAAAAUGUACACCUACACCGUCAACGUGACUGAGCCUGGCAGUGGGAGGUGGGGCAGCGCCAGUCAGAAAAUGGUAGCCGACAAGCCUCCUUAUGGAGGUCUGUGUGUGUUGAGCCCAGUGACAGGCAUCCAUCUGCUGGAAACGGUGGUCACCUUCAAUUGCUCAGGGUGGCAAGAUGGCGAAAGCCCAGCCUCUGAGUUCAUCUAUACAUUCCAGGUGGCCCCAUCCCAUCCAUCUACGGGCCCCCCUGUCACGUUGUACAAGGGCACUCGCUCCAGUUUUGGCAGCAUGGUUCCACUGGGGAGUCCGGUGCACGGACAAAACAAAUCACUCAUCACAGUUACUUUGCUCAUAGAAGGCAACCUCGGAGUAAAAGUCAUUGCUCUAAACAGAACUUUGACUGUUCACAGUCGUGUGACUGCCAGCGAUUGGCUUAAAACCAAGAGUCAGACCGAGUUGUGGGCUUUAGUCCAACAUGGCAACCCGCAGGAGAUCAUCCCAUUUUCCAUUGCUCUCACCAGUCAACUCAAUCAGAUGAAGCCUGGACAAAGUACCACAGAGCUCACGAUGCAGGCAGAGAUUAGAGAGAAUGUCACCAAAGCUUUGGUCUCCCUUCCCAUUUCUUCCCUGAUGGACGUCGAUCAGAUCAGCUCAGCUUUAGCCCUGUCCACUGCUGUCCCUGCUGAGUUAGUGUGUGACGACUGUCAGGAGAAAGUUCUUGAAGCAGUGGAAAAGAUGAUCCACGUAAUGAAGGAAUACACAAGUCCUGGUGUUUUGUCAGUGUUUGACACCGGCAGAAACAUCCUUAACAUCAUAGGUAGCUCCCUGUCUGCUUUGUCUCUGUCAGUCAAUGCCCCGAACUCCCAGCAGAACUACUCAAGAACUUUAGGAGCAGCUUCAUCAAUCACCUUGUCCGCUCUGGACACUGCAGGGGCUUUGAUGCGCACCCUGAUGCACGCUGCCGGUGGGGUUCCCCUUUCCUUCUUCACACCUUAUAUCAGUACAGUCGGCUUCCACGGAGACCCCUCCGACCUUCUCUGCUCUAAGCAGUCCGAUCCAAUGAUCUCCAGGUCAUCAUCAACUCCCCCAUGUCCGUUUCAAAUCCCAACCACGCUCACUGCACACCUGAAAAGUCAGCGCCCAGAGCUGGUGCAGGUGGUUUUUGGUCUGGAUGAGUCUCACGCUUUGCUGUCUGCAGCCGACCCCCCGAUCUCUACUUCUUUGGUUGCCAUGGAGAUCACCACACCGCGGGGGGAGCCCGUACCCAUUCAGGAUCUGGAGCCCGAACAAGCCAUACAGGUCACCCUGCACAACAAGCAUCCCGUGAAACAAGGCGACAGGGAGAACAAACUGAGAAAUGGUGGCGGACACGCGGAUGGUACAUGUACUACUGUAGUACUGCCCCUGGACGGACGUCUGAACUUCACAAUAAAACCUGUGGAUGGCAUGGAUGAAAAUGCAGGCUUAUAUAUCUCCUGCAACUUCAGCCUGGAACAAGAUUUUACUUCAGUGACGUCGGGACGUGUGAAAAUAGAAAUAACAAGUGGAUUCCAGGAUCCUCUCACAAAAGAGUGGCCAAUCACACUUUCUGCUCUGAACACCUUCACGGAGAAAACCUUAUUCUUAUCUCCACUCUCUCUGUGCCAGUACUACAGUGUCAAGGAGAGAAGUUGGAGCAGUGAGGGUCUCAAGCCACUGGAGGGGAGCACGCUUCAAACAGUGCACUGUCUGACGCGCCACCUCACCAUGUUUGGGGCCACUUUGUUUGUUCAUCCUGGGGCCGUCGUACUAUUGCCACCUUCUGGUGGCCCCGUGCUUAAUGUUGUGGUAGGGAUCGUAUGUGCUGUUCUGGUCCUGAUUCAUCUGCUGGUGGGACUCAUUGCCCACAAACUGGACCACCUGGACAUCCUGAGACAAAGCCACGUGCCUCUGUGUGGUCGUUCUGGACUGUACCACUACCGAGUGCAGGUCAAGACAGGCCGGAGACAAGGAGCAGGCACAACAGCACACGUUGGCAUCAGUCUGUACGGCCUCAACAAGAGCGGGUCUCGCCAUCUGCAAAGGGAUGGAGCUUUUCAACGUGGCAGCCUGGACCAGUUUCACGUAGAGACGGAUGACAACUUAGGGGAAGUUUGGAAAAUUCGGAUCUGGCACGACAACACAGGGUUGGAUCCAUCAUGGUAUGUUCAGCAUGUGGUGGUCUGGGAUCCUGUGACCGACCACAUGUUCUUCUUCCUGGUAGAGGACUGGCUCUCGGUGGAGAACCAGAAGAAUGGUACAGUGGAGAAAGAAAUUCUGGCAUCAUGUCCUGAGGAGCUUACUGAAUUUAGACGAAUCCUUUCCUCCCAGCUUCUUUUUGGGAUGGUAGAGCGCCACCUCUGGUUGUCGCUAUGGGAACGCCCUGUCCUCAGUCGUUUCACCAGGUCUCAAAGGGUCACCUGCAGCGCCCUCAUACUGCACUUAUACCUGGCAUUAGGGGCGAUUUGGUAUGGGGCUGUUGGCUCCAGAGGGCACAGAGGAGCGGUGUCUGCUAAUCUGCUGGUUAGCAUGGAGACAGUCGCUGUUGGGAUGGUCGUCGCAGUUCUUCUGUUUCCUCUCCAGUGUUUGAUCUCUUUUUUGUUUAGAAAAACCCAUAAUAAGGUUAUCGUGGACAUGUCAGUUCCUCCAUCACCGGUUUGUCACUCUGUGGAGAUGGACGUCUACCUCGGCCAAUCAGCACAAUCAGGCCCGUCUUUCUUAUCUCUUUCUGAAUCCUCCAGCCAAGUCAGAGAAAGUCCUUCAUCCUUACUGGAGAGCAACGCCUUUGACUCAAGCAUCCUGGACUUCUGGGCUGUCUCCGGUUUGGUGCCUCAGGCGGACGCUGCAGUUCACGGAGAGAACGCGGCUUCCUGGACGUCAUGUGACAGCCUGCUUAAAGAGUCUGACGCCCCCGACCUCUGUGAUGCCUCACUUGAUGGGUUUCCAACUCGCCAGCUCAGGAGGAAAAAGGCUCACUUGCAGCUUCACCUGACCUCGUCUGACCCUCCUGCUACCAAACACGCUCAUCCAUCCCUGCCUGCACAGGACCAGCAUAUUAUUUCUGUGAAUGCUCACAACCGCAAUAUUAAGACAUUUUUGACUCUGUCCGAGGAGAAUCUGCUGAUGUCAAUAGAAGAAGCAAAAGAAGUCACUUCAUGUUUGUCCAAAAACAACUCAGACAGCGGCAGAGACUCCCCUACAACCGCGUCUUCAAUCUCAAACACUCAGAGCACCUCAUGCAGCAGCUGGUCAGACCACACUGAGGAUAAAAGCUUUCACGAGCCAGAGUUCCUCAAGUUCGGUCCACAUGCUUGUCCCUCCCCGUUUGAGAACAAACUCUACAAAUGUCCGUCUGUACAGUCUGUUUACUCGGUGGCCAGUACCUUCCUGCCGAGUCCGUCCCCGGACUCGACAAGAUCCUCCUCCACCACACGCAUCGGCAUCGCUCGAGCUCGACCCAGCCAGCUCUUACCUCCCUGGGUGCUGUGCUUGAUCUACCCCAUUGUGGCCGUGCUGAUCGGAUCCUGCCUAGCUCUUGUCGGAAUCUAUGGCAGCCUCUUCUCCAGAACCGUCGUCCUCAUGUGGCUGAUAUCGGCAUUGUCUGCCUUCCUCACCUCUGCUCUCCUGCUGGAACCUCUCAAAGUUUGCGUGCAGGCCUUGAUCUACACCAUAGUUUGGCGACCUGUGGAUCCAGAGGUUGAGGACCAGCUGGCCCAGGAGACCUCAGUGGUGAAGGCAUCCGGAGAACACAGUGGGAAGGUUAAACCACCAUGUGGCUACGGCCUGCUCCAAGCUAAGGAGGAGGCUCGUAAAGUCCGUGCCCUGAGGUCACUCAUGAGGCACUGUGUGUACCAGCUGCUGUUUUUUUUGCUGGUGCUCCUGAUGAACUAUCAGGACAACAUGGAACAAAGACAGGGAAGGUUGUUGCAAUUCGCUGUGAGACGGCAACUUCUCACUGCUCCCUUGGGGGUGCCCAAUCUCACAUCCGUCGCAAGCUGGUUAGAUGCAGAGCAGUGGAUGAACACCACCUUGGUGAACCACGUGCACCACAACCCUUUGCUGCGCCUUGUUGGUUCGCCUCAGCUCCAGUAUGUGCACACACCGGAAUGGGCAGAGGUUAUCAAUUUGGGAAACAGCAGUGUGGUGACACAACGGGUUCUGGCUGACCUUCACAAGCGAGACUUUUACACUAAAAAGUUUAAAACUAUCUCUUUGGAUCUCACACAAUACCACAGAGAGUCUGGUUUAUUUCUCUGUGUGUCAAUUCAACUUGAUUGGACGCAAAGAGUCACUUCCUCCCUCUCCAUUCAUCCACUCCUCGUUCCGUCAUCCCAUAAAGGCUUGGACCUUCAUCUGGUUCUGACGGUUCUCCUUCUCAGUUCUGCUCUCCUCAUCUUGUUUGGAGAAGUGUGGUCCAUGGCUACUGAGCGUGCUCAGUAUCUGUGUGAAGGCAAACACUGGCUACAGCUGCUAUUGGUGACAUUGUCACUGGCGACGAGUGUCUUCCAACUCUGCUUUCUGUUUCAGGUCACCUCUUGUGUUUCCCAGGUAUUAACACUUCCAUUGCUUUGUGUGCCAGCUGUUGGGAACCUUGAGAUUUGUUCAGCGGUGGGUUAUGAUCAUCAGAGUCCUGCAGAGAGCUUGGAAGGAGUUGUGGGUCUUAAAAAUCCUCUUGCUGCUAUUGAUGCUGUUCUGUACACACCUCAGCAAUACGUGGAUGGGUUUCUGUCCAUGCAUCAGGCUUUGGUGUCAUUGCUGUCCAUUAUGCGGGGCCGGAUCAGCCUCCAAAGAUUAUGCAUAGUCCACCCAGUCCUCGGGCCCCUCUAUGGCCUAUUGGUAAUGGGGGCUGGUGUCUGGCUUUUGGCCAAACUCUUUGGGGCUGUACUCAUCUGUGCAUACAGGGCUGAAAAAGCAGACAUUUAUCGUCAAUCAACAGAACCUCAAGAUUAUGAGAUGGUCGAGUUCUUUAUCAAAAGACUGAAGCUUUGGAUUGGUCUUACAAAGGCGAAAGAAUUCAGGCACAGGGUGAAGUUUGAAGGCAUGGACGUUCCUCCUUCCAGGGCUUCCCAAGAAUCCCGUCUCUCCUCUCUGUUUUCCUCCCCGCCGACUUCUCACUUGCCACGCUCGUCUCCUUCCUUCUCUUCACCUCGUCCGCUGUCAUCAUCGCUUUCUACCAUGUCUGAAGACUCGACAAUUUCUGAGCAAGGCUUUGACGUCCAGCCCUUCCUGGACCACCUGCUGCCAUGCGUCAACGCCCUGCUGUCUCAGUUCGACCGCGUCACCCAGAUAACUGAGGAUGUUAACAACCUGGAGACUGAACUGGAGGAGGCUCUGACCAAGAGAAAGGAACAUAAGAAAGAGAGAAUUAAUGACCAAUUCCAAAAAUCAUCAAAUCCAAAGGACCAGGAGGGUGACAGAAGGACGAAGGAAGUAAGACGCAGGAGGACAGGUCUGCUUUACCCUAGUCCACAAAAAUCCCUUUCAACCAUAUUACCUUUCGCGCCUUCCACAAUCCACUCCUCUCAAGUGUUCCCCCGCACACGCAGCUCACACUCCGAGUGUGAAUCAGUGCGUUUCCAGUAUAACGUGUGCUGCGAGACAUCAGAAGCAAGUAAGUCUUCCGCUGAAAGCUCUGGUUUGGUCAGGUCCCCUAAAAGGAGAGCAUGGCAUUCUGGAAGCUCUCACUCGGCAGAUGCAGCUCAAAGGUUGUGGCAAAAACAAGGUGGAGUGGCCUUCGCCUUCAUCAGACCAAAGAGUGAAGAGGAUGUACUGAGACGUAUCAGUGACGGGGCCCCAAAAAAGAGGAAGGCUUGGAUCGCUGAAGAACCAGAGGUGAAGUAAUCAUUUGUGAUCUUUGUUAACUUCGCAUUGCUACAAGUGGACUUCCACCAAAUUUUAGAAAAGGUCUUUAUCCGAAUCUGAAGGAUACAUUGGAAUUAUGGAUGUCCAUUUUCCUGUUCAAAUUUUGCGUGUUAGUCUGUUUAAUUUUCAAGUUAUAACAUGUUCCUACACAAUAAGAGUCAUUGACACUCAGAAAACAGUUAAAGGGGAACAUUAUCACAUUUUCAAAAGGGUUGAAAACAAUAGAAAUCAGUUCCCAGUGGCUUGUUUUAUUUUUCGAAGUUUUUUUCAAAAUUUUACAUCUCCCGGAAUAUCCCUAAAAAAACCUUUAAAGUGCUCGAUUUUCGCUAUUUGCGAUGCGACUGUCCAUUUCCCUGUGACGUCAUACAGUGCUGCGAAUGUAAACAAACAAUGGCGAAUAGCACAGCAAGAUAUAGCGACAUUAGCUCAGAUUCAGACUCGGAUUUCAGCGGCUUAAGCUAUUCAACAGAUUACACAUGUAUUGAAACAGAUGGUCGGAGUAUGGAGGCAGAUAGCGAAAAUGAAUAUGAAGAAGAAACUGAAGCUAUUGAGCGAAUAGCUAUUGACGCUAUUCGGCCAUAGCAUGGGUGUACCUAAUGAAGUGGCCCAUAGCAUGGCUGCCUUAUUAGCAUCGCCGGUAAAAUGUGCGGACCAAACGAUCAGGACUUUCGCAUCUUGUGACACUGGAGCAACUUAAAUCCGUCGAUUGGUAAGUGUUUGUUUCGCAUUAAUUGUGGGUAUCUAGUUUCAAAUGUACAUACAGCUAGCGUAAAUAGCAUAUUAGCAUCGAUUAGCGUAGCAUGUUAGCAUCGAUUAGCUGGCAGUCACGCCGCAACCAAAUAUGUCUGAUUAGCACAUAAAUCAAUAACAUCAACAAAACUCACCUUCGUGAUUGUGUUGACUUUAUCGUUGCUAAUGCAUCUGCAGGUUAUCCAUACAUCUCUGUGCCAUGUCUGCCUUAGCACCGCCGGUAAAAUGUGAAGACACUCUGGCACAUUCAAUGGGGUCUGGCGGCAGAUUUCUUGCCAGUGGUGCAACUUGAAUCCAUCCCUGUUAGUGUUGUUACACCCUCCGACAACACACUGCACGGCAUGAUGUAUCCAAGGUUCCAAAAAAUAGUCGGAAAAGCGGAAAAUAACAGAGCUGAGACCCCGUGUUUGUAAUGUGAAAACGGCGGCUGUAUUACUUCGGUGACGUCACGUUCUGACGUCAUUGCUACAAGACUGAUAAACAGAAAGGCGUUUAAUUCGCCAAAAUUCACCCAUUUAGAGUUCGGAAAUCGGUUAAAGAAAUACAUUGUCUAUUUUCUGCAACAUCAAGGUAUUUAUUGACGCUUACUUAGGUCUGGUGAUAAUGUUCCCCUUUAAAAAUGUUACCGUGUUUGAGCAGACCUCAUUUUUGGAAUGUGAUCCAAAAAACAACUACUGGAAGAUGCUUGGUAGGAUACAUUGCGUCAAUUAAUUUUAGUUUUGCAUGCAGUCCUCAUAGCGUUUAGCAAAAUGGUAAUGGGAAUGGAUUAUCCAUCCAUCCAUCCAUCCAUUUUUCUACCGCUUUUUCCCUUCGGGUCUGCAAGGGGCGCUGGAGCCUAUUUCAGCUACAAUCAGGCGGAAGGCGGGGUACACGUCAUUGCAGGGCCAACACAGAUAGACAGACAACAUUCACACACUAGGGCCAAUUUAGUGUUGCCAAUCAACCUAUCCCCAGGUGCAUGUCUUUGGAGAUGGGAAGAAGCCGGAGUACCCGGAGGGAACCCUGGGUUAGUUCAUCUGAAACAUGCUGAAUUAGGUAACAUUAAGAAAUGUCUUAUAUUUACAUUUGCACAAUUCAAUAUGUCCGAAAAGGAGUAGGAAGAAGCAGAUUUUAGCCCUGUCUGAUAGAGUUUUGAAAAAAACCUGAUAGCUUGUUUACUACCUGUGUUCUUGUGCGUAAUAUGUUCACAUAUUACCGUGUUCUAGUGUGGAAAGGAAACAAUAACAUGUGAUAGUAAAGUUCAUUGUCGGCAUUGAAAUUAAUAUAUACAGGAGUAAAAACUGUUUGCUUGUUAGCGAUUGUUAUUAAAGUUCAACACUUACUUUUCCAUAUAUCCAUGCAUACAGUUUAAAGCUGACAAAACACAGGCAUUUUUCAGCAGAAUAAAGACAAGAGAUCACAUGGUCUCGAA